GCCAAAGUUAUUCGUCGAUCGGUCGAUCUCUGUCAUUUUGCAUCUGCGCUUCUCCCCUCUUUAGCUGCUGUACUUUUAUACCUUUCUACUCCAGCCAUAAACCUACUGUUCAUACAUGGCAGUUGACUCCGACCCCUUCAAAACUCGAUAAGCCUCUCCAAGCACCGAGAUGUCGACUUCGGAAACGCAAAUUCCUGCUCUUCCGUCAAGUGGAGGUCGACCUUCCCAUCCCUCAUCUUCAUCUUCCGCCGCCAGCAUAUCAAAUACCUCAAUACCUUCUGUGGUUGAGCAACAAAAUGGAAUACCGAUUCCCCCUACAAAUAUCCCUGAAGAAGCGGUCAGCGGUACAGUUACAGCAAGCACUUCAGAUACUCCUCAAGCUUCUCGAAAUAGUCAAGUGCCAACAGAAGAGAACACCAAGUCUAUAGAUCUGCAAGAGCCAACUGUACCUGAAAAGAACGCCAGCGUAGAAGAACCCUCAGGCGUAGAAUCUAGUGAGGUGGGGGGUGAAGAUCAGGAAAUCAAGGAAGGGCCGAAAUUUAUACAACCAGAUCAUUUCUCUCCACUCACGAAUAAUCCAAACGGCAGUAGACCUGCUCGUGGUAUACCAAAUAUUGGAGACGGGUGGUUGUCACCCGAGGACGACCCUCAUGCUCUGAGAGGUAUUCCAGUCUUCAAGCCUUCCAUGGAGGAAUUUCUUGACUUUGAAGGGUAUGCACGCAAGACCACGGCUUGGGGUCAAUAUUCCGGUAUCGUCAAGGUUAUCCCGCCUGCAGAGUGGAUCGAAUCUGUGCCUCCCAUCACUAAGUCCAGUCUCGCUUCCGUCCGAGUGACGGAUCCUAUUCAGCAAAACCUGAUAGGAUCUUCGGGUCUGUUCCGAAUAGCCAACGUCGUGCGGAACAAACGCCGUCCGUUGACUGUAGAAGAAUGGUUCAAGAAAUGCAAAGACAAGAAAUUCUCGGGCCCGGGACCAAAAGAUGUAGGAAGCACUACCAAUAGAGAUUCGAAGGAAGCGGAAGAAAGAAGACAAAGAGUCAGGGAUGAUAUGAGGAAGGAGAAGGAAAAGCGAAGAGAGAAACGAUUGGCGGCGGAGGCGAACAGGGCAAGGAAGGCGACGGGGAUCGAGGACAUCAAAGAAGAAGAGGAAGUUAAUGGUCAAGCGCCGUCGGUCUUGGAUAGAAAGGAUGAAGCAUCUACCGAGUUUGUAAACAAUCCCCAAGAAUGUCAACCUGCAUCUUUAGAACCAGAUUCUCGUACGAAGGGCAUAAUGGUCGAGAAAUCCAUUAAUUCUUGGUACGAAUCGUUCGAUCCUAAAGAAGACUGGCUACCAGAGAAUACCCGUCGAGAGGACUACUCUUUGGAGGCUUGUGUAGCCUUAGAGAGGAGAUUCUGGAAAAACAUGGGCCUGGGCGAGCCGAGCUGGUACGGUGCCGAUAUGGAAGGAUCACUUUUUAUGGAUGAGAAAACUCCAUGGAAUGUCGCUCAUUUGCCAAAUCUUCUUAACAGGUGGGACUUGAGGCACCUUCCUGGUGUGAAUGCGCCGUAUCUUUACUUUGGAAUGUGGGGUGCUUCCUUUGCGUGGCACGUCGAAGAUAUGGACCUCUUUUCAAUAAAUUAUAUCCACUUUGGUGCGCCCAAAUUCUGGUAUGCUAUACCGCAGCAGCAAGCGGAACGUUUUGAACGCAUCUUGCAAGGAUACUUCCCCGAAGAUGCUCGCAACUGUGAUCAAUUUCUCCGACAUAAAUCCUUCGCUGUCUCGCCCUAUCGUCUUGCCAGUGAUGGUAUGCGCGUCAAUAUGCUGGUCCAUAAUCAAGGCGAAUUCGUUAUCACAUAUCCACGGGGAUAUCAUGCCGGUUUCAACAUGGGAUUUAAUUGCGCCGAGAGCGUGAAUUUUGCUUUGGAUAGCUGGGUCGAGUUGGGAAGGAGGGCGAAAGCGUGUAAUUGUGUGAAUCACAGUGUGCGGAUUGAUGUCGACGAGAUGUUGGCUAAGGAUGCCGUUCGCUUCCAAGGCGAGGAAGAACUUCUCAGCGCUAUCGCAGAAGAGCGGAAUAAAAAAAGGCAGCACAGAAGGCCUUCGGCGGGCGAUAACCACACUCCGAGGAAAAGAGCUAAACCGGAUUCGCAAACGCCAUCCGGUGGCCUUGUCUCUUCGCAUACUCCGAUCGUUAUCGAGGCGACUGAUCAGUCCAAGCCAGUAAAAGUGCCAGGGAAACGCACUCCAAAGGCAGUUAUCGACAUCUCAUCAAAUCAGCAACGAGCAAAAGCGAACUCCAUCAAAGACCCCAACUCUUUUCCCUGCCUCUUCUGCCCCGGUUUCGCCAGAGACGAUCUUCUACCUGUCUUUGACCCGUCAGAUUCUGUGAAAGCGAGAUGGAAGCCUCGUCAUGGAGAAGUCAUGGCUCAUCACUCUUGUGCGUUGGCCAUACCAGGAGUUGGUAUUGAGGAUAGGGAGGUCCCUGGUGGGCUUGGGACAUUCGUUGUAGGUGUAGAGAACGUAGAGAGCGCGCGAUGGAAAUUAAAAUGUCUUUUGUGCAAAGACAAGAAGCUUCAAAAAACCGGGGCCAAAAUACAAUGCACGAAGGGCAAAUGUCCACGGGCUUUCCAUGUCUCUUGUGCUCGAGAAAGCGACGUCGCAAAUCUCAAAAUCUGGGAAGUCGAGACUCCCAUGUUGCCAAGAGAAGGAGAGCCGCCCUUGCCAGAGGGUGCUGAAGUCCCGACGAUGAUUGAUAUCAAAGUUGAACUUUUAUGUCCUCAACAUAAUCCAGAGGUGAAAGAAAAACUGGAACAGAGAAAAGCAGAGACAUUUAGAGAUAAAGUGAUGUCUAUUCCCUCAGGGUCAAAGAUCAAGAUCAAGGUCAGAACUGGAGCGUCGUUAGAAUAUACCCUUGUUGAAGCUAGGGAGACGACUCAGCAAGUUUAUGUGCACGACGCUCAGGGCGUCGGCGGGAUCUUCCCAUGGUCUAGCAUCGAUCUCAGGCCUGCGCAAGGUCCAUUAUUGGAAAAUGAGUACGCCCGUACUCACCUUUUCGCCAACAAUCGUCGCCAUGAUCAAACGAACGGUGCACCUUCUCAAGAUGACCCAUCUGAAGCACAACGCCAUUUGACCUCGCAGGAAUUUAAGCAGCCCGCCCAAUCUGCUCAUUCGAGGCCUUUGAGGAUGGACGAGAUACUGAAUCCUUCCCCGAAAAAGUCAAAAAAGUUGAAUCCAGGGGCAGGAUUGCCGCAACGUGAAUCAAUGCCUGAGCCUGCAUCGUACAAUUCUUAUCCUCCUCAUGGCUCUGUACACCGUUCGGCAAACCACCUUCACUUCCAUCCUGCAAGUCAUCCUGAAUCUCAUCCGCAACAUCCCCGCAGCCAAUUCCCCACCCCCAUACCUCCCCUCCAGGUAUCUCACCGGAUGUCGUAUGAUCUAGGACUCCAUCGUCAAACACAUCAGUCGGUGCCGCAACAGGUUUUCUACCCGCAGCCGCCAUCGCAAGAGCAUCAACCGCUUCAUUCCAUACCUCAUCCUCCAAUUUCUCGUCGUCCACAUCACCCCAUUCCUCCAUCCGAUACGUCUCAGCGGGUAGCAAAUCAUCAAGCACCACACGACUCAUACUACCCGAGACCCGCUUCUGUGCCCAUGCUACACCGUUAUCACCACCAACCUUUACAACCCAGCUACCCAUCCCGUUACCAAACCCCACCACAAACCCACUACCCGUCUCAUCCGUAUCCUCGUCAUGAACCACAUAUUCAGCCGCCAGCACCAUCCGCUCAUCCCAUGAAUAAUCAAGCCACGGACGCCUCUCAUUUUCAUGGUCAGAUGUAUGAACCUUACAGGAGACAUUCUGCGCCUCAUCCUGUGUACCCUACGCAUUUUAUGAGUUCUGUGAAUUCUGUGACUGCUGAGCAAACCCGAGUAUGGGAUAGAAAAGCUUCCGCGCCUAAUGGAGCGGUGCAUCCUUCGAUUCCGGAUGGAUACCGACAAGGGUAUUAUUGAUUGAUCGUUGGAAGAUCUGUACGAGAGGGGAGGAGAAAAAAAAGGUUAUCAAUACGUUUGGCGAGGGAAGGAAUGUAUUUUUAUGAUUGUCUAUAUGUAUACUGCAAGAAAGGCAAUGUAAACCAGGGAUAGAUGAUGCAAGGCGGUCUGUCAUGUAAAUGUGGC